AAGAAGAAAAUUUACAGGACAGAAACAAUACCAAAAACAGAAGAAAAUGGUGAGAGCUCCUUGCUGCGAGAAAAUGGGCCUAAAGAAAGGUCCAUGGACUCAUGAAGAGGAUCUGGUACUGAUCUCCUACAUACAGAGAUAUGGCCAUGGCAAUUGGAGAGCUCUCCCUAAACAAGCUGGUUUGUUGAGAUGCGGGAAGAGCUGCAGAUUGAGGUGGAUUAAUUAUUUGAGGCCUGAUAUUAAGAGAGGGAACUUUAGCAAAGAAGAAGAGGAGACCAUCAUUAGCUUGCAUGAAAUGCUUGGCAACAGAUGGUCUGCAAUCGCUGCAAAAUUACCAGGAAGAACAGACAACGAGAUCAAGAACGUUUGGCAUACGCACUUAAAGAAGCGGGUCAAGAACACGAAUCCAACAAUUCAAAAUUCGAGAAGGAAGAAGAUAAAACCAAAUCCUGAAGAAUCUCCUGAGAGUUCUUACAGUGAUUUAUCAAUUGUUACGAGAGAUAGCAUUAAUGAGUCUACUAAGGAGGAGAAUUCGUUUGAAGGGUUUCCGGAGAUUGAUGAGAGCUUUUGGGCAGAUACAUUGUCUUUGAAUAAUAGCAAGGACUUUGGUUUAAGUGAUGGUCUUGAAAAGUUGAAUGACAAUGGGGAGGAUAUGAGUUAUUGGUUGAAGGUGUUCAUGGAGUCUGAAGGUUCUUUGGAAUUGCCUGAUAUCUAGCUCAUAUAUUAUGAAAUAUUUUUUAGUAUCUUUCUUUUUUUUCUUUUUUUUUUAAGCGUUGAGGGGGUUCUGAGGGAUUAGAGUAAACUAACACUCCAGCAAAUUGAUUGUACUUCAAAAGAGAAGGCUAAUUUUGUUGUAUUUAGAUUUCUUCAAAUCAUGUAAUGAGCUUUUUUAUGA